CCAGAAAACACUAUAGAAGAAGAACUCUGCAUUUCUGCCCUGCCUCACCCUGCGGAUGAAAGUUGUUCUCUUUUGUGGCGUCUCGGUACAAAGACAUCAUUUUCAUCCAUCCAUGGGAGGACAACCUUCAAUACCAUCUCCGCCUCCCCCAGCUCCUCCACCUUCAACACUUUUUGCUUAUCCUUGGAUGAACGUUUCCUGGGGAGACCUUGACAGAGAUCUGCAUUAUGUGGAGAAUUUUCGACCAGUAAAUGACCAAGUCAGACACAUCAGAGUUCUGCUGUAUGGACCGGUCGGUGCUGGGAAGUCCAGCUUCAUCACCUCUGUCAGUAAUGCUUUGCGAAGGAGAGUGACCUGUGAAGCUCUGGCUAGUGCUGCUAACARUUYAGGGCAAAGUUUUUCCAAGAAGUAUUUAGCUCAUAGGAUCCGGAAAGGAGGCAACGGAAACCAUUACUGUCUUGUGCUCAAUGACACCAUGGGCCUGGAGGAAGGAUAUGGAAGAGGAAUCCACACACACGACAUCAAGCUGGCUAUGAUGGGGCACGUAAAGGAGGGAUACAAGUUCAAUCCUGUGGCUCCACUGUCUMAUGGGGAUCCUGACUACAACUCGUCUCCAUCUCUAAACGACAGAGUCAAUGUUAUGGUUUGUGUUCAUAAUGCAAAUGCACCAGAAAUGAAGUCCUCCAUUUUACGGAAACUGAGGGACAUCGGAGAAGCUGCCAGUCGUAAGGGUGAGAAUCAAACCAUAACCUGAAAAAAAAGUAUAAAUUAACAAAACAGAAGUAUGUUUAUUUUUUUAUAACUAAGAAAAAAGAACUUUGCUGGAAAAGAAAUGUCUAAAUUGAUCCAUAUUAAGCUUAACUUAGAUUGUCAUAGAAAGUGGGAUUCAGUUCAGUAAUUCAGUGCAAAAGUGAAGUUGAUAUCACACAGAUUCAUAUAGAAUAACUCACACAGAGACGUUUUAGGUGAAUCCACCGGAGUUUUUUUUGUCAUUUAUUCUGUUCAACCACAUGGAUUUGGUGUCUUUGGAGACCAGAAACUGUCACUUUUUAAACCAGGUUCCAGAGUUUUAAAAA